AUGCGAGCACGAUAUUUACCACUACAAUUCCGUCUCUUCAAAUUGCUGUCCUCUCUCAAAAAUAUCCUCACCAAGCAUCUCGCUCAAAAAACACAGCAUCCAACUUGUCAGCAACACACUACAAUCACCAUGAAAUUCUUUCUCCUCAUCGUUCUAGCCGCCGCGGCUCUAGCCUCCCCACCCGCCUUCAAAAGCGCCAUCAUCCCCAACUCCAACUCCAACUCCAACUCCACCAUUCUCACCAASCGCGGCCAAGACAAAGGCGACUACUGCGACGACAUGGCUCUCAUCUGCGACCCUCCCAUGUCUUGCUGUGGAGAGUGGAUCAUGCAUUGUACGGAUCAGCCGGGCAAGGCUUGGUGUAUGUAUAAGUAUGAUKAGAAUGGGAAUAAACUUAAGGGGAAGGAUGGGAAAUUUGAGGAGCCUGAUGAUGGUGGGAAUUAG